GGGCGAGGAAGGGGUGGGGCCUGGCCCUUCUGGGCCAGAGGAGAGCCCGAGAAAGAGCGGCGGCGGCGGCGCUGGAGGCGAGAGGACCCGAGGGGAGGGGGAAAGCCGGAUCCCUUUCCGCGUGAGCCCGUGAGGCUGGAAUGGGUAAUGAUCCGGCACUGGAAGGUCACGUCGGUCUCAGACAGAAAGAUGCAGAAGCCCGAUUUCACGGACACCCAUUGCCGGAGAACGUCCACGAGAGGAAGACACGCUCCUUCCAGAACUUGGUGUCCGGGGCGGUGGCCGGCGCCGUGGCCAAAACAGCGGUGGCGCCGUUGGACAGGACAAAAAUCAUCUUCCAAGUGUCAUCGAACCGGUUUUCUGCCAAGGAGGCUUACCGCCUGAUCUACCGCACCUACCUGACCAGCGGCUUCCUCAGCCUCUGGCGAGGCAACUCGGCUACCAUGGUGCGGGUGAUCCCUUACGCCGCCAUUCAGUUCUGCGCUCACGAGGAGUACAAGCAGCUGCUGGGGACCUAUUACGGUUACCAGGGGAGGGCCCUCACCCCGUUGCCGAGGUUCAUCGCCGGUUCACUCGCCGGCACCACGGCCGCCAUGGUGACAUACCCAUUGGACUUGGUCCGCGCCCGGAUGGCGGUGACCCCAAAAGAGAUGUACAGCAACAUUGUUCACGUUUUUAUCCGGAUAUCCCGCGAGGAGGGGCUGAAGACUCUCUAUCAGGGAUUCGUCCCCACGAUCCUCGGGGUGAUUCCCUACGCCGGCUUGAGUUUCUUCACCUACGAGACCUUGAAGAAGUUGCACGCAGAGCAGAGCGGGAGGUCCCAGCCGUACCCCGUAGAGCGCCUCGUUUUCGGAGCGUGCGCCGGCUUGGUCGGGCAGUCGGCCUCCUACCCGCUGGACGUGGUCCGCCGACGGAUGCAGACAGCCGGGGUGAUGGGCUUCACCUAUGGGUCCAUCAUCCACACCAUGCGGGACAUCAUCCGCGCGGAAGGACUGGUCCGGGGCCUUUACAAAGGGCUCAGCAUGAACUGGGUGAAGGGCCCCAUCGCGGUGGGAAUCAGCUUUAUGACGUUCGACCUCAUGACGAUCCUCUUCCGGAAGUGGGAGCGCGGGGUGGACAUGGAGAGGUAGUGGCCUGUGUUGCGGCCGGGCAGGCUGCCACGGAGGAGGUCCGCUCGGCCUCUCGUGGCCGGACCUCUGGUGGAACUCCUUCCCAAACCCAGC